AUGAUAUUGGAUGAUUAUUUUGCUUGUGUGAGCCAAUCCCAACAUCGCAUAGCUAAUCUAUACAAGGAAUUAGAAUUGAGUGAUCACGAUAUUUAUGGCAACGAUUUUUGGAAAAUUCGUGUUAUGGAACUAGAUUGGGAUUCUAACUACAGCAAUUACCAUCAAAAUGAAAAUGGAGAUUAUAUUCAUAAUCUAUUCCCAUCAAUAAUUAUUCCCCAAAGUGUUUACAAUGCAAGGCAGAUUUUAAGGGAGAAAUGUCGUGUAUCUCGUGACCUCAGUGUUUUUCAAAAACCUUAUUUGAUUAGGCAUGAUGCAAGAUUGGAAACUAAAAACUCAUUUUUCAAAUGGUAUCAACAUCAUUUAACAGACUUAUUUACUGAAAUCAGUAUAUACCAAUUUCUUUAG